CAAAGCAGUAAACGUAAAACAUUUUUAUCUGUAAGUAUGUCAAACAAACAUUUAUUUCAGAAAUUUGGGUACUUACGUGCUCCUUUUGCACUCGGUAUCGGCCGAUAUGUAUGUCAAUUACAGAGAGUAACUAUAAAAUUUUGUAAACAUCAUGGUGGUAGUCUCGGAGUCAGGAAAUUUUUGGAAAAUGACUUAAUUGAUUAUGCAAAGGAUAAUCCUGGAGUUGUGGUAUAUGUUAAACCAAGAAGACAUAGAUCUCCAGUUAUAAAAGCAGAGUAUCUGAAUGGAGAAACACAUUGGAUAUGUGUUGCUCAAUAUAGUAGAGAGGAUGUUAUACAGUGGAUGGAAUUAUUAAAGACACAAUAUCAUAAUGGUCCAGAUUACAGAUUAAUGAAAUUAUGGCAUACAGAUUUUCCUUCUAUUCAAGGGCCUUGGACACCUUUUACUUUUAAGGACCCAUCUUUGAAUCAAGUCGAAUUCCCAGAUAAAAAAGUUGGUAAAUAUAUUGAAGUGAAACCAACAGCAACAGAAGAAUUGAUUAGAUUAUUUCAUGAACAACAGGAAGCUGAAAAAUUGAAUGAAGAAAAUAAAAAUCAAAGGCAAUUACAUUGCUACUAA